GCAGCGUCAAUCGUUAUAUCACACGUCCGAAUGAAUGCACAAUUCCUUUUCGAGCGAACUACUUGCCUUUCUCAUUCACAAGGUCAUGAAUAUGCUCGAAGGAGGUGAUGGCCUUGAAGGAAUGCCCCUCGGGCAGCGCCAUGGUGCCCGGCCGCACACUCACCAGCACACGCAGCCCCGCCUCAUCGGCAGCAUACGCCUCCUUGAUGUUGUCCGUCACAAACAGAACGCUGCUUGGUUCGGCACCUGCACACACACGCGACACAGAAGGACAGAGGAAGGAAUGCUCGACACAUACCGCGCGCCUGUGGCUGUGCUCUCUCCCUCCCUCUCCCUCUCCCUCUCUCAUACCCAUCUGUUUGCAGAUGGUUGUGUAGCUCUCGGCCGCCAGCUUGGAGCCAAUCAUUGUGUCGAAAUGACCGGAGAAGAACUGGCAGGCAGGCAGGCAGGCAGUCAGGCAGUCAGGCAGGCAGGCAGAAACACAGUCGCCUUGGAAAUGAAAGUCGAGCACUCACUGAGUGUGUCUAUGUACCUUGGUGAGGUCGCCUUUCUCCGAGUGGGCAAACAGCAGCUUCUGGGCCUCGACUGACCCAGAGCUAUAUAUCCACACACUCGCCCCCUGCUGUGUGGUGGCGGCCUCCAGGAACGGCAGCACAUCCGCAUACACAUGGCCCUUGAUCAGACCGGACCGAUAGGCAGCGCGCCACAUGUGACCCUGAAGCGCCUGCAUGAGCCGACACAGGCGACAACAUCCUGGUGACCGCAUCAUGCGCAAUGAAAAGUGUCGUCUGGUGAGAGGCUACCUUGAGUGCAGGCAUCUUCCUGUCGUUAUCCAUGCACCACAGCACGAACCUCUGCACAGCGGCGACCAGCCGGGCCCUCUCCUCAGUUGACAGCCGCGCCCUGCCGUUGCUCUGCUCGCUGCCCUUCCCGCCAGCAACGGUUUUGACCAGCUCCGACACGUCUAUCUGGGGAGCCUCCUCGCCGUCAUCUCGCGCCUAUAUCCAUCCGCCAACAGUGAUGCCUUGUUGUGAUGCUCUCAUCUCAUCUUUCAUGCCAUCUCACCUGUUUCGCGAGUGCGCGUAUGUCGUCUAUCGUUUCGUCGUCCUGGCCUUCAAGCCGCUCGGUGAGAUGCGAGCACAGGUGGUCGCGCACAUAGGGGAAGAGAACGUCGGCCACGAACGAGAUGGAUGUGGUGGUGCCCUCGAUGUCCAAAAGAUAGUCCCGCACUGCCGAUGAUGAUGCGUUGUCGUUCGCCUUCUGCCGCUUGGAGUCAUCGCUGUCAGCAUGGCAGUCCUCAGCAGCUCUCUUCAUCCUUGAUAGCGUAGAUCUGCACUGAGCAGCGUCUGACGGAGCAACCAAGUGACCUCAGGGACGGUAG